AUGCCCCGAGGCUUUCUGGUGAAGAGAACCAAGAGAGCUGCCCCUGUCUCAUACAGGGUACGCAGCGUAGAAGAGGAAUGGGGCGUUCCAGAGGCAGUGCCAUCCCUAUGGGGGCAGGGGAAGGCCCCUCUACAUCCCACCUCCUCCAGUGACACCAGGCCGGGAUACUGUGGGAUGCCCAGCUCUCCCUGCGCCCCGGCCCACAGCCCUAACCGGCCAGUCAGCAGUUGCCCUGGCUCCCCAGGUCGGCCAGGCAAUUCCAGCUCGCCCAUCCUGGCCGAAUCUUUCCCCAGCCCCUUGGCUCUGGCUUCGUCGCUGGGACGAGCUGUCUUUGUGGCUUCGGUGUCAGAUGAGGAGGUGAAGAUGGGGUCCAAUUGCACCAGCAUCCAAGCGGUCAAGAGGCAACUGCCUCCGGCCAAAGCCAAGGCGCAGGGUAAGAAGUCUAGGGCGGAGAGGAAGCCUUACAGGGACGAGGUGACCACUUCACCGGUCUUGGGGCUAAGGAUCACCAAAGAGCUGACGGACUACCAGCAGCACAAGAGCACAGGCCAGCCCCUGGGGGAGUUUAUCUGCCAGCUAUGUAAGGAGGAAUACGCCGAUGCCCUGUCCCUCGCCCAGCACCGGUGCUCCAGAAUCGUCAGGGUGGAGUAUCGCUGCUCCGAAUGCGACAAGGUGUUCAGCUGUCCAGCCAACUUGGCUUCUCACUGCCGCUGGCACAAACCCAGGAACCCUAGCGGCCUGCCAGGGCAAGAGGUGGUCAAGGAGAGCAACAAGAGCAAAGCCAGGAGCGAGGAGCAGCCGGCCAGCCCCUCAGCCCGACAUUGCGAGUCGCCUAGCCUGGAAGAAGAGCUGUUCGACUGCCCGCUCUGUGGCAAGAAGUUCCGUCGCCAAGCCUACCUCAGGAAGCACAUGGCCACUCACCGAGGCCCCAUGCUGCUAUCAGGCGGCCAAGUGUACCUCCAGCAGCCCCAAGGGAAGCCUGACAUUAGCUCCCACUCUGGACUCGCCUGCUCGGGCUCUGACAGCCUCCCUGAGGCAUCCUUCUCCCCCUGCCAGGUCCUCAGCAAUGGCGAGUGUCAGCCCUUGGAAAACCCGCAAGAGAUGCUGCUGCAGCUCUCCACAGCGCCGGCGGUGAUGUGA